AAGUUCAUUAGUAGUCAUCAUCGUUCCUUCGGUGCGCGUCUGUCGUCGCUUGUAUACGGUUCCUCGCGAUGGGUCCUUUGAAAAUGUCAGCCCUUGUGUUUGUCGGUACUCUUGUAAUAUUAUCGCUGAACACCCCGGUAAUACGGAGUUCAGAACCGACGUACUCAGAGGGACCGCCGACUCGGCACCCUUUUCCCAUCAAACCGUCCAACAUAUUGGCGUUUUUGCCCACCGAAGCUAAGAGUCAUUUUUUCGGUUUUAAACCGUUGCUCGAGGCGCUCGUUAACAGAGGACACAAUGUCACACUGGUAUCGCCGUUCUCACUGGACCGCGCCAAAUUGCCGUAUCGUUACGUCAAAGUGGAGAAAACAUUAAAAGGUAUCUGAUUUUAACUAUGUUUUGCAUAAUUAUAGCGGAA